AUUCUUCCACGGAAAUUCGGCUAGUAUAUAUAUAAAAUACACAUUUACUUCCGUCUCAUUAUAUCUGGAACUGACAAUUUUAGGUAAAUCUCCGGCAAUAAAAAUAGCUGUCAACGAUUCAAUUACUAAUGAAUCUAUCCGAAAAUUAAUUAUCUCCUCUACAACCAGCAGUGGAUUGACAAAAUUUUUAACACAAAAUUUUGGCACAUUUAUUGUAAACCAGGAAAUCACAGAAUACAUUAUGAAAAUGUUCAAACAAGAUGAAAACUAUACAGGUGACAUAGAAACAAUCUGCAAACUAUGCAGUGGCGAAUCAAUCACUUUGACAUACAGCACACAAAAUCAACGCAUACUAAAUAAAGACUUAGCGUUUUGUAUAUUAGGUGCUACGCAAAUAAAAUCUAUGGCUAGCUUGUUGGCUAAAUUAGAUAAUCAAAAUGGUUUUCUCGAUAGAUUCAUAAUUUCCAUACCAAAGCCUUUCAGACUUUUUCCUGAAGACCAAUUAACCGCCAAAAACGAUCUAAAACAUUACAAUUUUGGAAUUGAAGAUUUAUUAAAUGAUUUAACAUCAAUGCUUGAUAGAGACAACGAAAAAAUAUUUUAUCUCGAAAAUGACGCUACUCGUCUCUUUAACAGCAUGGAAUAUGAGUAUUUAAAUGAUUUAAAUGAAAACAUACAAUGCGGUAAACCAACAGUUACAUCAAGGAAAUGUGGCAUCAUACCUAAGGUUGCAGUUGCCAUACAUGUUAUGGAAAAUUUAUUUUAAAAACAAAAAGGCGUCAUUCAAACACUACCGGAAGCCAUUUCAUCUGAAACAAUAAAAAAAGCAAUGAAUUUUGUUGAAAGCUUGGAAGAACAAAAACAUGCUUUCCAAACAGUAAGUAACUACCAAUUUUUUUAUUUAGAACUACAUAGUUUAACUAACAUUUUAAAUAAUGACUGUAUAUAAAUUAAAAAUCCUUUAAAUCAUCAUCUAGUUUGUAUCGGAUUUGUUACAAGGAAAAAAAUUGCAACAAAAACUGAACCAUCAACAGACAUGAAAUCAAUCUUGUUAACACCAGGAAGAAUUAUAAGCAUCCGUGUUUAUAAGCAGACAACAACCAGACGCUUUCGACAAAUAAUGGCCAAUGAAUAUCUGGAAUUAUUACAUAAUUUGCUAGAACAAUCACUUGGCACUAUAAUUUCAUACACAAACGCUGGUACAGGAAAAUCCAUCAAACUUUUUGUCAAUAUUUGUUUUAUUAGAAAAAAAAUACCCUAGCUUUAUGUGCAAAAAUAUCAGUCCUAUUUCUUUACGCUGAUUUUAUAUAAUUUUUUUUCUAUCGAAAUUUUGAGAAUCUCAAUAAUUCUCUUGGUAUACCUCGCGUGUAGCAAACGUGCUUCACAAUUUCGCUUCGCUCUCAGUGUGUUCUUUUUUAGAUCCUGUGUAAUGUUAAUAAUUGGCUUGACUGUUGUUCUUAGCAAAGCUUUUUUUCCCAAUGUAUUUGUUACUAAACGAAUGUUGUUGAUGUGAUAUGAGCCGAGAAUGAUAAAAGUUGACUUCAUAAACACAAUUGCUUCGCAAAAAAUUUUCUUUCGAAAUUUGUAUACCCGUUGCGUUGAUCUUAUAGAUCAUUAAUUUAAUAUAGGGUAUUGGCGUUAAAGCAGCAGUGUUAUUGAUGCGGCGCCGUAGCGUCAUAAAAUAUAACAAAUAAGACACAACUUUUUCGGCUACAUCAAAGGAAAAUAAACAUAUCCACUUUGCCUGUCACAGACAAACAGACACACUAU